AAGAUACAAAGAUAAAAAGCCAUCCAACAUAAUUUUGUUUGUGAUAUUGUUUUAUACGAUUGGGAAGGAUGAAGAACGAGUUAAGUGAAAAUUGGAUUGUUUGUCGCGUUUGCCUAACAAAUCCCACAGACAGUGAACAGAUCUUCCAGGAAAUAUUUAGCCAAAAUGCUAGCACCCGCCUUGAUCAAAUGCUACACAUUUGCGCUGGGAUUCCUGUCAGCAGCGAUGACAACUUCCCAGACAAGAUGUGCAACAAAUGCGUACGCAAUCUGCGUAUGGCAUACAAAUUCCGUUUGACCUGCCAGCGUUCGCAUCAGCACAUAACAGACAUGUUGAAUGCAGCUCUGGGUGCGGCAACGGGUGAUGAAGAUGAGGAGGUAACAGAACUAGAGGUCGAAGAUAUUACGCAGCCAUGGGAACAAGAUCAGCCAGAAAAUCAAGAAGUCAAGCAUGAGCAUUCGAAUAAAGUGGUUAUUGCAUAUAGCGACGAUGCAGAAGUGGAUGCAAUUAUAUUUGAUGAUACAACAGAUCUUGAAACAAAUGCUGUUGUCUAUGACACAAUUGUUGAUGAAACUGAGCUGGAAACAGCUGCAGAGGUCGAAAACUUUGCCGAAUACGAAGAGCUGGAGUUUCUAACCGAUGAAUCACAAAAUCCAAGUGAAACCAGAACUGGCAAACGGCUCAUGACAUGGAGCGAAGCAUCUGCUGGUGAUGUGGUCAAUAAUAUGCUUAGCUCCGAUGACGAUGCCUGUCAACAAGUGACUAAAGCAGAGCCAACAAAGCUGCUGGGACGCGUGCGACAGCCACGCAAGGUAGCACAAAGAGCCAAAACGACAGUAACUACUGUGCUUAAAGUACAGGACGAUAAGAAAAUGGGACGCAAACCACGCGACAAGCUUUCAAAUUACAUCUGCGAUGUAUGUGGCAACAUUUAUCCCUCGCAGGCUCGUCUCACCGAGCACAUGAAAUUCCACAGUGGCAUAAAGCCGCACGAAUGCGAAAUAUGUGGACGAGGAUUUGUGCAGAACCAACAGUUGGUGCGCCAUAUGAACACACACACAGGCAAUCGUCCCUAUAAGUGCAAUUUUUGUCCAGCCGCCUUUGCGGAUCGUUCGACAAAGACCAAGCAUCAUCGCAUUCAUACCAAGGAACGUCCGUACGAGUGUGAUGUCUGUUUUAAGACCUUUACCUAUUCGGAUAACCUAAAGUUUCACAAGAUGAUACACACAGGAGAAAAGCCGCAUGUCUGUGAUUUGUGUGGCAAAGGAUUCGUCAAGGCUUAUAAAAUGCGCUUGCAUCGAGCAACGCAUGAGAAACGAGGCAACUGGAAGUCAGAUCUAGAACCUCUGCCGAUCCCAGUGCGUAUUAAGGAGGAUCUAUCCGAUACAGAUGUGGCUAUGCUUACCAACACUUACGGCUGCAGCACCAGCUUUGCGCUUAGACGUUUCGCUAGCGACUAUGGCAAUAAAAAUAUACAGGCAAGCAAUAUGGUUACAACGGAGCUUGUGCUGGAUCUGGCUAUAGUUUGUCGUAUAUGCCUGCAGGAUAGCGAAGUGCAAAUGAUAUCUAUUUAUGAACGAGAUGAACAACGCGGCAUUUCCAUAUCCGAGAAAAUUGAAAGCUGCAGCGGCAUUAAGAUUAACCUAAGCGCAGAGCUACCCGCUCGCAUUUGCAAUAAGUGUCGUGCAUUUUUAACGCUGGCAUACAAAUUUCGACAAAUUUGUCGACGCUCAAAUGAAUUUCUACGUGAAUACAUAUGCAAGGAACAGGAGCAGCAACAGGAGACCGCUGCCGAAGCAACUGAAGCUGAUGUGGACACAUACGAACAGUAUGAAGUAGAAGUACUUGAGGAGGGCAUAUGCUAUGACGAAAUAGUGGCAGAAGUAACCGAAAAGCAAACAGAAGAGGCGCCAACAAAACCCGAGACUCAGCCUCAGUUGGUAGAGCAGACUGCUGAGCCAUCAAGUUCAAUUACAAUUGUAGCUCAGACCCAUCCGAAAGAGGCAAGUGCUGCUUCAGCUACCAAGUCAGCGCAUGUGUGUGAGAUCUGUGGCAAUAGUUAUCCACGUAAAAGUACCUUGAACAUACAUAUGCGACGACAUCGCAAUGAACGUCCUUACGAGUGCGAAAUCUGCCUCAAGGCUUUCCAUGUCAACUAUCAGCUAAUGCGUCACAUACAGCAGCACACUGGAGCACGUCCACAUAUAUGUCAGUAUUGCCAGCGUAGCUUUACGGAUCGUACUGGAUUGGUCAAGCAUGAGCGCACACAUCGCAACGAGCGUCCUUAUAGCUGCAGCACUUGUGGCAAGACAUUUACCUACGCCAAUGUGCUUAAGAUGCACUACAAAACACACACGGGCGAGAAGCCGCAUCUGUGCCUGCUGUGCAAGAAGAGCUUUGCCCGGAAUCACAAUUUGCUGGCGCAUCUGCAGACGCAGCAACAUAUUAAUGAUCCACGCACAGCGGAGUAUUUACAAAUAUUAAGGGCAAACACGAAUAACGCUAGUUAGCACUAAUAAAAACGCAUAUGUUAAACUAUAGCAAGCAAAAAUUUAAUUUGUUAGUCAUAUAACUAGCUUGUGAAAUGUAAAUUAAUAUUAACUCACAUUACAGUUGUGGCAAAAUUUUGUCUUCACUAAUUUAACAUUACGUAUUGUAUGUACAUAAUAAUUACUCAGUUUCAGCUUUAGUGUAAUUUCAUUUUUAGUGUACAACAGUUUUGCGCGUUGUAUGAACAAAAAAAUGCCAAAGAUUUGAAUAUCUAAACUCUUUACAAGAUGUGUGUGAUCUGUGUCCAAAACUAAUUUCGUGUAGGUAUUUGAAAUAUUAAAUAACAAAAUGAAAACUAAGCUUGUAGAUAAGAACCAGUGUAAACUUCUAUAUAUAAAGUUACUUUGCACAGCAAAGUUUUGGUUGACACUA